AUGGAAAAAGCCAACAACAUCACUGAUUUUAUUCUGUUAGGACUUUCCCAAAAUAGGAACAUUGAAUUCCUAUGCUUUAUAUUAUUUUCAUUUUGCUAUGUUGCUAUUUGGAUGGGCAAUGUGCUCAUAAUGGUGUCAAUCUCAUGCACUCAGCUCAUUGACCAACCCAUGUAUUUCUUCCUCAAUUACCUCUCAUUCUCUGACCUCUGCUAUACAUCUACUGUGACUCCUAAAUUGAUGACUGACUUACUGGCAGAAAGGAAGAUCAUUUCCUAUAAUAACUGCAUGAUACAGCUCUUCACUACACAUUUAUUUGGAGGCAUCGAGAUCUUCAUUCUCACAGGGAUGGCGUAUGAUCGCUAUGUGGCCAUCUGCAGGCCCCUACACUAUACCAUCAUCAUGAGCAGGCAGAGAUGUAACUCAAUCAUCAUGGCUUGUUGCACUGGAGGCUUUGUACACUCAGCCGGUCAGUUUUUUCUCACAGCCUUCUUACCAUUUUGUGGCCCUAAUGAGAUAGAUCACUAUUUUUGUGAUGUGUACCCUUUGCUGAAGCUGGCCUGUUCCAAUACACAUAUAAUAGGCCUCUUAGUUACUGCUAACUCAGGCUUAAUUGCACUGGUGACUUUUGUUGUAUUGAUGUUGUCAUAUUUUUUUAUAUUGUAUGCCGUACGGGCAUACUCUGUGGAGAGCCGCAGCAAAGCUCUCUCCACUUGCAGUUCCCACUUAACUGUUGUAGUCCUGUUUUUUGCACCUGCAUUAUUCAUUUACAUCAGACCAGCCAGAACUUUCCCACAAGACAAGGUGUUCGCUCUUUUCUACACCAUCAUUGCUCCCAUGUUCAACCCGCUGAUCUACACGCUGAGAAACACGGAGAUGAAGAAUGCUCUGAGAAAAGUUUGGUGUCAUCGACAACUGCUGAAAGGGAAGUAA